AUGGAAAAUUUCACAUCAUUUCCAGGAUUCCAUAUUGUAGCUUUUUCUACUACAUCAACAUUUAAUUCAUUUUUUUUCACUAUGUUUCUUUUAUUAUAUCUGACGGGUCUGCUAGCUAAUUCUGUUAUUAUUAUAGUCAUCUAUAUUGAUGAACACUUACACACCCCAAUGUAUCUGUUUCUCAGUAAUCUGUCCUUAAUAGAUCUUUGUUACACAACGGUCACAAUUCCUAAGCUUCUGUACAUGUUACUGUCUGGGAAUUAUACAGUGUCCUUCAUACAAUGCUUCACCCAGAUGUAUUUUUUUGAUAUAUUUGCCGUUGCAGAAGUUGUCCUUUUAUCCACAAUGGCCUAUGACCGGUAUGUUGCUAUCUGUAACCCCUUACACUAUCACCAUAUAUUUAACAGGAAACUUUGUGUACAACUCAUGGUUGCCAUAUGGACAUCUGGUUGCUUAAAUUCUUUUCUAGUUACAUUGUCAGCCUCAAAUAUAUCUUUCUGUCAUUCAUACAUAAUCCAGCGAUACUUCUGUGAUGCUAAAUCUGUCAUGGAAAUUGCAUGUGCCAACCAACAAUUGUUUUAUAUAGUGGUAUAUGUAGAAGUAUUGAUAUUUGGAUGCUGUCCAUUCUUCUGCAGUUUGAUGUCUUAUAUAAAAAUUAUUAGCGCCAUCCUGAAGAUUAAAUCCAGAGAUGGCAGGAGAAAGGCCUUCUCCACCUGCUCAUCCCACCUCACGGUUCUCACCGUAUUUUAUGGGACAGUUACCUCUGACUUUAUGAUGCCACAAUCAGACCAGAACAGAGUCCUGGAGCUGGUCUUCACUGUACUGUACACUGUUUUUACACCCAUGUUAAACCCGCUGAUAUACAGUCUACAGAAUAAAGAUGUAAAGAAGGCUGUAAAGAAGUGCAUUGGGUUAAAAUUAGAGAUGUGCGGGUCCGUUUUGCAGAAAACUGAACACACCCAAAUUUCAAGAUUGCAAGUGGAUCCGAGCCCCAGCUCGAGUUUUCCCACAAAACUCGGACUCCAAAACGAGGCAAAACGUCAUCUUCCCGGCAUUGGAACUCGCGUGUUUUGGAUUCGAUAA